CACCAACAGCAUUUGAGUAGACUUUGCAUUCCCAAGCCGGGCCCUCAAAGACCACGAACCAUGUUGCGUUUCUUCCUGGCGGCGUUGGUUCUUCUGCCGACCCUUCACCGGACGUUCGGCGCCAAGAACGAACGUCCCAGCUGCCGACCCCUGACCGCCUCCUUCUGCCGGAACGUGGGUUACGCGACCAGCCGCUACCCAGCCGGAGUUCAGGGCUUCAACGUGCAGCAGCUUCGUCAAAUGGUGGAGACGGCCUGCUCGCCCGACAUAGCCACGCUCUUGUGCCGCGUGGCCUUCCCGGAAUGCUCGGAAGACGACGCCCGCGUGAAACCGUGUAAGGCCGUGUGUCACAAGGUGAAGCGAGAGUGUGACGCCGCCCUCAAAGCCAAACGCCUGACCUGGCCCAGCAGUCUUCAGUGCGACGCUUUGCCCGAAUACAACUGCGUGCAAGCUCAACAACAACCGCAGUUGUCAACCUCUCUCUCGACUGAUUCGGCGACAGCAUGUCAGACCGUCACCAUUCCUCUAUGCAAAGACCUCAAGUACAGCCAGACCAUCAUGCCAAAUAUUUUAAGCCAUGCCACCCAGGAGGAAGCGGGCCUGGAGAUGUACCAGUUCGCCCCACUGGUAAGGAUACAGUGCUCGCCACAGCUCAAGCCCUUCCUGUGCUCCGUCUACGUUCCAGAGUGCAAGGCGGGAAAUCGUCUAGCUCCGUGCAAAACUCAGUGCGAGCAGGCUCGCGCCGGAUGUGAGCCUCUGAUGAACUCGUUUGGCUUCCAAUGGCCGGCAAGUCUGAAUUGUGAGAAUUUUUCCACGUAUUCCUGUGAUCAGGCUCCCGAGUCUGAGACAUUAGGAACUUGCGAGAGCAUCACGGAGCCCCUUUGCAAAGAUCUCCCGUACACACAAACGGUCAUGCCCAACAUCCUCGGCCACACGACGCAAAAAGACGUCGGCAUACAGGUCAAGGCUUACUCCAACCUGGUCAGCCUGGCCUGCUCGCCACACCUCAAGACCUUCCUGUGUUCCGUCCUGACCCCCGAGUGCUUGGCGGGAAAAGCCCGCUUGCCCUGCAGGACCAUGUGCGAACUGGUCCGCUCCAGUUGCGAGCCACUGCUCAGGGAGUUUGGCUUCUUCUGGCCUGAGUCGCUCAAUUGCGACACUUUCACCACGGCGUCAUGCCAGCAUUUUGGCGUGAGCGAGGGCGGCGGCUUCUGCGAGCCCCUCACCAUCCCCAUGUGCCAAGGCCUGUCCUACAACCAGACCAUGACGCCUAACCAGCUGGGUCACGCCACCCAGCGCGACGCCGCGUCCAAGAUGUCCUUCUUCCACUCCAUCGCGCAGACCAGCUGCUCGGCCGACAUCCGCCCCUUCCUGUGCGCCGCCUACGCUCCGCGGUGUUCCUUCGGUCAGGUCCGCCGCCCGUGCCGGAGCUUCUGCCAGAAGGCCCGUGACAGCUGCGAAGCGCGCUUGGUCCGCUACGGCAUCUCCUGGCCUCAGGAGCUGCGUUGUGAAGUCUUCCCACAGGAUGCCUGCGUCACCGAUGACGAGAAGUCAGAGACGAUGUUGAAUGCAGAGGACGUGGCGGCCAGGCUGCAGGUUGCAGGCCAUUCCAUCGGCGGAAAAUCGCUGAGCGUCAGGACUGCGCGCUUGCUGCUGACACUCGCAGACGCAGACAAAUCUGGGUACCUGGACGUGGUGGAGUUCUUCAAGCUAGACCACUAUGUGGCGGCCGCCAGACGAGAGUACUUGGACCGCUACGAAAGAAGACAGCCGCCAUCUUUUACUCACGCCAACAUGAAUGAUGCCCUAACUGCACGGGACUUCGGGUUGGACAGGGACAGCUUAAAGACGCUGUGGUUGGAGUACAGCAGCCAAGGGAAGCUCGACUAUGAUGACUUCAUUGCUUUGCUCACACGGAUGCAAAUCCUUAAAGAUCGUUUCCAAAGUCACAUUCUCAAUUUGCCGUGUGACUGCCAAGUGGCCAGCUUCUCUUUCAAACAGGUGUGUUUACUGUCACUGGACACUUCAUUCCGUACACAAGCCAAAGUCAUCUAAUAUUCCCAGUGCUCACUUUUAUAGUUCACUUCUAAAAAAAAAAAAUUAUAUCACUAUAUUUUUAUUCUUCCAGUUCAUGAAGUCUGCGGUUGUCUGAGGAUCAUCUUGAACCGCCAAGUUUAGUAGCACCUUUUUUUUAUUACAAUUUAAUAACUAAAGGAGUGUGACGGCUGAUAAUAAGUGUAAAUACAUUAAUAGUGUGCAGUAUAUUCAAAAUGGUGGUACGUUACACAAAUUAAUUGCACAGUGGAACCUUUUAAGUCAAAUCUUCAUAAUUGGAAAUCCCUAAGGUGUUGAAAUGCCCUUUGAUGCCACAAGAGGGCGCCAUAGCACACCCAAGUAACGACAAGAUGAGGGAAAUUUGUGAUAAACAAUGCCUUAAUUGUAGUUAUAAAAUGUGCAGUGUGUGCACAUAGUGAAGGCUGCUGGUGUUAAGAUGUAAUUCUGGGAAUGUAAUAAAGUUUGUAAAGGGUGGGAACAAAUUGUAGUAAAUUAAUUGAACCAUCUUGUAGAAUUUUUGCCCACAUUUUUCUUUGUUAGCCAAAUUAUAGAAUAUUGUUGGACUUUCAAGGUUCCAUUGUUU